AUGAAGGUCUGCUGGGAACGACUCAUUCGCUUUCUUGCUACUGACGGCCGUGUUCUCUAUGGAGAGCCUAUUCUCCCAUUCCUAGAAUUUGAUCUGGCAGAUACAACGGCAGAGACCAAACUCCAGGCCAAACUCAUCUCGGGAGAUAUCUACGAUGAGGCCUCCCAGGUGACCAGUGAAAUUGUCACUGUCAAGCAGCUGCUGGGACCACUGGCCAGAGAAGAUGUUCCCAUCUUACGUUGCGUUGGAUUGAACUACCUCACUCACAUCCGCGAGACGGGCCGCACGCCCCCACCGACUCCCUCUAUCUUCUUCAAGCCAAAUACUACCCUUUCUGAUCAUGGGUGCGACGUGGUAAUUCCCAAGAUUGCGCAAGACGAACAAGCUGACUACGAAGGUGAGCUGUGCCUGAUUGUCGGAAAAGAUGCCAAGAAUGUCAGUGAAGAGGAGGCCUUGAACUACGUUGCCGCAUAUACCGUUGGCAAUGACAUUUCGUCGCGUAAACUGCAGAUCGACCGGGCCAUUGCCGGACCCGUCCCUCAAUGGGGUUUCUCCAAGGGGUUUGACACGUUUGCGCCGAUGGGUCCGUGUCUGCUGCGGGCAGAUGUGAUUGGAGACCCGUCACGACUGCGACUCCAGACGUUGAUCGACGGAGAGCUACGACAAGAUGUGCUGGUCUCCGAUCUUGUCUUCGGCUGCGCGGCGCUAGUGUCUUACUUGUCCACCGGAACGACACUGCAGAAGGGCAGCGUGAUUAUGACGGGGACUCCAGGAGGUGUCGGGAAUGGUAUGAAGCCUCCCCGAUUUUUGCAGCCUGGUACUCGGAUGGAAGUCAAGGUGACAGAUAUUGGAACGCUAAGGAAUGGAGUCAAGUUUGAGUGA